AUGUCCUUAUCAAGACCCGGUGGAAAUCCAAGUCCCUCCGCAAAGGAUAAAUCUUUAAAUGAGAUAAAUGCUUUCCUCCUUGAUCAAGCUCUAUCACCCGCAAGUCACCAGACUUAUGAAAAAGCAUAUAGAUUAUUUCAACAAUUCUCUCGUGAAACCCUGAAAUGUGCUACAGCUUUCCCGGCAUCGGUGCCAAACCUACUACUCUUUAUAGCUCAUUGCUACAAAAUCGGAUUUGCACCAACAACUACGUCGACAUACAUUUCUGCCAUAGGUUACUACCAUAAGCUGCAUCAAAUGCCAGAUCUUACUACAUCCUUUUUGAUAAAAAAGACAUUGCAAUGGUUUCAUAACAAUAAGAAACAAAUUGACAAACGUCUACCCAUAACUACGCAUGUUCUGUGUCGACCGUUGGAUUCUCUUAGCUUUAUAAACACUUCAUAUUUCAUUCGUACAAUGUUAAAAGCAAUGUAUUUAGUAGCCUUUCAUGCAUUUCUUCGAGUUGGUGAAAUAGCAGCAACUGGCAAAAUGUCUGAUAACACAUUAUCAGUUACGGAUGUAACAUUCAUUUAUUCUGGUUCUCAGCUGGAGGGAUUUGAACUGCGUAUGUCAAAAUAUAAACAUUGUAAAGGAGACCCAAAAGUACUGUUUGUCAAAGCAAAUCAUUCAGCUGCCUGUCCUGUCGCUGCUUUGAAGGAAUAUUUGCACCUGAGACGAGCAUCUAGCGGUCCCGUUUUUGGAUUCAUGGAUGGAACAGCAGUGUCCAGGACAUUUUUCAGCACUCAACUGAAAUUGUCUCUUAAUUGGGCUGGUUUAGCUCACGCAAGGUACAAAGGACAUAGCUUUAGAAUAGGGGCAGCUUCUUCUGCAGCUCAGCAGAGUUUCUCGGAAGAAACAAUCAAGCUAAUGGGUAGAUGGUCCCCCGAUGCAUUUAAAAAGUACAUAAGGAUCCCAAUGUUAGAGUUAUAG